AAUCAGUUUGUGACUUCUCCGAAUCAGUUUACCAGUUCAGUUUUCACCUUCACUACUUUCAGUAAUAACUAAUAACUAAUAAGUUGGUAACAAAUGUAACGUGUAAAUAUUAGGUUAUAUUUUUAGUAAAUUUAAAAAUUUCGAUUAAUCAAUCAAUGAAAAAUAUUUAGUGUGUUUAUAAUGAAGUAUCCAAAAAUGAAUAAAGAACUUUUGCCUAUGAAGGCACAUUAUUUUUUAUGGAAUGCUGGAACAAGCCCCGUAACACCAUUUCUUAGUUCAUAUGCCAGACAAUUAGGUCUUUCCAGUGUAGUGGUGGGCUUCAUUUACACUGUCCUCCCCAUCAGCGGGAUGCUGGCCAAGCCAAUCUUCGGAUCAAUAGCUGACAGAUUCCAUUGUCAAAAAAUUUUAUUCCUAGGUGCCCAACUGUUAACAGCUGCCGCUUUUUUAGCAGUGUUUUAUUCGCCGAAAAUAGAAACUGUGAGGAAUGUCGAGAUGUCGUGCUAUAACAGUACGACCUCUUUUGUUUUUCACUCGACUGAAUCUAUAGAUAAAUGCUUUUUGGAUCCAAUUAAGGCAGAUCGGAAGUGGGAUAAAUGUGAGAUGAAUUGUGGUGUACGCGAUCCUGCAACACUAUGUGAUAAAUGGAGCAUUGAGGAAUACUGCCAUCCAGAUUACACUAACCAAAUAUCGUUCACUGCUCUAGUACCCAAACAUGAAACAACAUUGUCAAAUUCUUCGUUAAUAUUUAAGAUAGAUAACAUAACUUUGAGCAACGGCACUACAUUUUCGCCGCCUUGUAGCGAAACAAGUACACCGUUUCUUUCCACCUGUAAAAUUAAUUGUGAAGAUUAUAGUUUGAACGAGAUGAUCACCGAGACGUCAGUUAGCGAUGAAGAAGCAUACGGACUGUAUCAGUUUUGGUGUGUGCUAAUUUUUAUGGUGAUUGGAUGGAUUGGACAGGCUGUCGUAGUUAGUGUAGGAGAUGCUAUAUGUUUCGAACUACUGGGCGACAAACCUAGUCAUUACGGUUAUCAACGAUUAUGGGGAUCUCUUGGUUGGGGAGUUAUUGCAGCAAUCGUUGGAAUAGUCAUUGACUUGUCGAGUCGAGGAAAAGGCCAAAAAGAUUACACUGCAGCUUUUUACAUGGCAGCCAUAUUUAUUGUUUUGGACUUUUUUACAUCGAUAAAAAUCAGUUAUUCUCAAAAGAAGGUGUCCACUAAUAUUUGCCGAGACGUUGCAUUACUCUUAUUUAACAUCCGUAUAAUAGUUUUCAUAUUGUGGUGUAUAAGUGUUGGCAUAUGUACAGGCUUGAUGUGGCAAUUCCAAUUUUGGCUCGUCGAAGAUUUGGCCAAGAACCAAGGCUGUACAGGAAUGGUUUACGUAAAGACCUUAGAAGGCUUGAUUCAAGGAGUCCAAACCGUUCUGGGAGAAGCGCCGUUUUUCUUCUUUUCUGGAAUUAUUAUCAAGAAACUGGGCCAUGUGAAUACGAUGUCGUUGGUGCUUUUUGCUGUAGGCAUUCGAUUUCUGCUUUAUUCUGUGAUACCCAAUCCAUGGUAUUUCUUGCCUAUUGAAAUAUCAAACGGGCUUACAUUUGGACUGUUUUUCGCCUGUAUGGCGUCGUAUGCUAGUAUAGUAGCGCCUUCAGGAACGGAAGCCACCAUGCAGGGUUUGGUUGGAGCCGUAUUCGAAGGCAUCGGCGUUUCGGCCGGAAGUUACUUAGGAGGAUACUGUUACCAACACUUCGGUGGCCCUCUAACAUUCCGAUAUUUUGGUUUUGGAGCUAUAAUCGUUUGCUUCAUUCACAUUGCCAUUCAGUAUUUAUUAAGAGGAUCUCAGAAUCAGUAUUCGACACCAGAAGAAACUUUAGAAAAGAUACAACGUGAUGACGAGAAAGAAUUGACGUACUUAUAUUCAUGACAACCAAAGAAAUAUUAGUGAUACUAGUUAAAAUGUAUUUCUUUGGCCUUUAAAGGAACCAGAGCUAUGGAGAGGUCUGAUAACGCUACAUGUUAAGGGUAAUAUUCGAAAAUAUGAUCAAUAUUUCAAAUAUUUAUGUUCUCUCUCGAUUUUUACAGCUUAGACAAAAGCAAUAUGAAAUUGUUACGAUGCUUCUUAUGCACAGGUUGCUCAACUAAUACUUCAUAUAAAAAUACAAAUAAAAAAUUUCCAUUUUCUAGUUUUCCACUGUCUAUUCGUCUUUUUUCCUUCCGGAAUUAGCGCAGUCAAAACCGCAUCAGAUACAGAAAAAAAAAACGAGAAAAUUAUAUUUUAAUCUUAAACUAUAAUAGUUAGAGCCA